AUGUCGGACCAACCAGAACCUGCAAUGUCUGCAGAACUAAAAGCCUGGCUUCAAGCUGCAAUUGCAGACUCUAUCCCCAAAGCCUUAGCAGCGUUUCGUAACCAGACAGCCACUACUGCCACCAUCACACAAUUAUCUAACUCUGAUGAUUCCAGGGUCUCUGAUCAUGACAAAGCCCCAUGUAAGUGCCCGUGGAAGGGUGACAGUGCUUCUGCUGGCAAAGGCAAAGCCCCAGCAAAAACAGCUAAAUUGUCUCAUGCCAAACCCACUUUAACUAAGGAAUUUGACCCCUUAAAGGGCUCAGCCUCUGGCUAUCACCUUCAAAUGAUGGACGAUUACGAUGCUUAUCCAGAUGAGGAUCUCCCACGUGACCCUUCCUCUUCUGAAUUUGUUACGGAGACCUUCCUCCUACCAAAAGACCAGCACUGA